AUGGGAUUGGAACAAGUCAAAAUUGGUGAAUCUGAAACUGAGACGAAACUUCAUCGAAUCGCCGAGGAAAUUGAACCUACCCUCAAGCAUAAGACUUACUUCCGGACCAAGAACCGCAACGAACUCAUCGCCGAACUGACGGAGGCUACCCGAAUGCCGGGGGUUUCACCCAUUAUGACGCAGCCCAUACGCAAUCGCGUUGAUAUGCUUGCAACAGGCAUACAAACGCCAAUCGGAAUUAAAGUGUUUGGUAAAGACCUCGCGAAGAUUGAAGAGAUUGCGGUACGGAUUGAGCAGGAACUCCUUAAACUUGAAGGGGCACAGGGGCCUUAUGCCGAGCGCAUUGGAAAUAAGCCGUACCUCGAAUUUCAUAUUGACCGAGAGGAAGCCGCGCGCUAUGGCAUCCAAAUCCAAACGGUACAACAAAUCAUCAUGACGGCAAUCGGUGGCAUGAAUUUGACCUAUACCGUUGAAGGGCGGGAGCGAUUUCCGAUUCGUAUCCGUUACAUGAGAGAGUUGCGGGAUAAUAUUGAAGCACUCAAGCGAGUCCUCGUUCCAACACCAAAAGGACUACAUAUUCCGCUUGAACAACUCGUGAAAAUCGAAAGGCGACCUGGUCCCGCGAAAAUCGCGAGCGAAAAUACACUCCUCUUUUCCCGCGUCUUUUGUGAUGUAGAUGUUGACAUUAUUGGAUUGGUUGACUUCGUCACAUUAGCCCAAAAAACUCUUGAUGAAAAGAUUAAGCCAACUUUACCUCAAGGCUAUUUCUACGCUUUUAGUGGUCAGUACGAAGCUGAACUGGAAGCUCGCGAUCGAUUAACCAUUGUAGUACCCGUGUGUAUUGUUGUCAUUUUCAUAUUGCUAUACCUUCAGUUCAAGUCGCCUUCUGCGAUGUUUUCUAUCUUCCUGGCAAUUCCCUUUGCAUUCAUCGGAGGCAUGUGGAUGCAGUGGUUAAUGCAAUACAUACCGGAGACACUCGGCGGCGGUUACGCCAUUAAAUACAGUACAGCAGUGUGGGUCGGGUAUAUAGCCUUAUUCGGCAUAGCCGUUGAAGAUGGAAUCGUUUUAAUUGAAUAUCUACUGGAACGUGUCCGCGGCGGUGAACCUAUUGACGAGGCGGUAGUCAAUGCUGGUUUAUUGCGCGUUCGACCUAUCAUCAUGACCACGGCAACGACAGUGCUGGCAUUAUUGCCAAUUAUGUUAGCGGAAAUCAGUACUACCACCGGCGCGGAAUUGAUGAAGCCCAUCGCUGUACCUACCUUCGGUGGCAUGGUCACGGCAACAGUGGCUAACCUGAUCUUGGCACCUGUGUUAUUCUCUCUCUUCUAUCCGGUUGAACGUUGGAUUCACCAGCGGUAG